AUGGCUCUCCACUUCCGCUAUCCCUUCAGUCUAUUCAUAUCUAUCUAUCUAAGUCUGUUCAUAUGUAAGUCUAUUGAUAUAUAUCUAUCGUUCUAUCUCAGUGUAUUCAUAUCUAUCGUUCUAUCUCAGUGUAUUCAUAUCUAUCGUUCUAUCUCAGUGUAUUCAUAUCUAUAUCUCAGUCUAUUCAUAUCUAUCUAUCUAUCUUAUCUAUUCAUAUCUAUCUCUCAGUCUAUUCAUAUCUAUCUAUCUAUCUAUCUGUCUCGGUCUAUUCAUAUCUAUCUAUCUAUCUAUCUCAGUGUAUUCAUAUCUAUCUAUCUAUCUGUUCUAUCUAUCAUCUGUAUUCUGUCUCGGUCAUAUCUAUAUCUCAUCUAUCUAUUGUCAUAUUCAUAUCUAUCUAUCUUAGUCUCGGUCUAUUCAUAUCUAUCUAUCUAUCUAUCUCUCAGUCUAUUCAUAUCUAUCUAUCUAUCUAUCUUAGUCUAUUCAUAUCUAUAUCUUCUAUCUAUCUAUUCAUCUAUUCUAUCUAUCUAUCUAUCUAUCUAUCUGUCUCGGUCUAUUCAUAUCUAUCUAUCUCAGUCUAUUCAUAUCUAUCUAUCUAUCUAUCUAUCUGUCUCGGUCUAUUCAUAUCUAUCUAUCUAUCUAUCUAUCUGUCUCGGUCUAUUCAUAUCUAUCUAUCUAUCUAUCUAUCUGUCUCGGUCUAUUCAUAUCUAUCUAUCUAUCUAUCUGUCUCGGUCUAUUCAUAUCUAUCUAUCUAUCUAUCUGUCUCGGUCUAUUCAUAUCUAUCUAUCUAUCUAUCUGUCUCGGUCUAUUCAUAUCUAUCUAUCUGUCUCGGUCUAUUCAUAUCUAUUCUAUCUAUCUGUCUCGGUCUAUCUAUCUAUCUAUCUAUCUGUCUCCCCUAUUCAUAUCUAUCUAUCUAUCUAUCUGUCUCGGUCUAUUCAUAUCUAUCUAUCUAUCUGUCUCCGGUCUAUUCAUAUCUAUCUAUCUAUCUAUCUCAUCUAUUCUAUCUAUCUAUCUAUCUAUCUGUCUCGGUCUAUUCAUAUCUAUCUAUCUGUCUCGGUCUAUUCAUAUCUAUCUAUCUAUCUAUCUGUCUCGGUCUAUCUAUCUAUCUAUCUAUCUAUUCUCGGUCUAUUCUUAUCUAUCUAUCUGUCUCGGUCUAUUCAUAUCUAUCUAUCUAUCUAUCUGUCUCGGUCUAUUCAUAUCUAUCUAUCUAUCUAUCUGUCUCGGUCUAUUCAUAUCUAUCUAUCUAUCUGUCUCAGUCUAUUCAUAUCUAUCUAUCUAUCUAUCAUCUAUUCAUAUCUAUCUAUCUAUCUAUCAGGUCUAUUCAUAUCUAUCUAUCUAUCUAUCUGUCUCGGUCUAUCUAUCUAUCUAUCUGUCUCAGUCUAUUCAUUCUAUCUAUCUAUCUAUCUGUCUCAUCUAUUCAUCUAUCUGUCUCAGUCUAUCUCAUCUAUCUAUCUAUCUCUAUCUCUAUCUAUCUGUCUCACAUCUAUCUAUCUAUCUGUCUCGGUCUAUUCAUAUCUAUCUAUCUGUCUCGGUCUAUUCAUAUCUAUCUAUCUGUCUCAGUCUAUUCAUAUCUAUCUAUCUAUCUCAGUCUAUUCAUAUCUAUCUAUCUAUCUCAGUCUAUUCAUAUCUAUCUAUCUAUCUCAGUCUAUUCAUAUCUAUCUAUCUAUCUCAGUCUAUUCAUAUCUAUCUAUCUAUCUCAGUCUAUUCAUAUCUAUCUAUCUAUCUCAGUCUAUUCAUAUCUAUCUAUCUAUCUCAGUCUAUUCAUAUCUAUCUAUCUCAGUCUAUUCAUAUCUAUCUAUCUCAGUCUAUUCAUAUCUAUCUAUCUCCAGUCUAUUCAUCUAUCUAUCUCAGUCUAUUCAUCUAUCUAUCUAUCUCUCAGUCUAUUCAUAUCUAUCUAUCUAUCUAUCUCAGUCUAUCUCAGUCUAUCUCAUAUUCUAUCUAUCUAUCUAUCUCAUCCUAUUCAUAUCUAUUCAUCUCAUCUAUCUAUCUAUCUAUCUCAGUCUAUUCAUAUCUAUCUAUCUAUCACAGUCUAUUCAUAUCUAUCUAUCUAUCUCAGUCUAUUCAUAUCUAUCUAUCUAUCUCAGUCUAUUCAUAUCUAUCUAUCUAUCUCAGUCUAUUCAUAUCUAUCUAUCUAUCUCAGUCUAUUCAUAUCUAUCUAUCUAUCUCAGUCUAUUCAUAUCUAUCUAUCUAUCUCAGUCUAUUCAUAUCUAUCUAUCUAUCUAUCUCAGUCUAUUCAUAUCUAUCUAUCUAUCUCACAUGAUGAACAAAUCUAUCUAUUCAGAUCAUUCUAUAUUCAUCUAUCUACAUGUUCUUAUCUCUCAAUUUUAUCUCAAUGUUAUCUAUCUCAAUAUUUUUAUCGAUUUAUCUGUUCUUAUCUAUAUAUCUAUCCUUAUCUAUCAGUUCUUUAUCUUUUCUUUAUCUAUCUAUUCGUUAUCUAUCUUUUAUCUAUCUAUCUAUCGAUUCUUAAACUAUCCUUUAUCUUUUUUCUAUCUAUCCUUUAUCUAUUAUCUAUCCUUUAUUUAUCUAUUCUUUAUCUAUCUAUUAUCUAUCUAUCUUUUAUCUAUCUUUCUAUCUAUCCUUUAUCUAUCUAUCUAUCUAUCUAUCUAUCCUUUAUCUCUCUAUCCUUUAUCUAUCUAUCUUUUAUCUAUAUAUCUAUCUCUCUAUUUAUCCUUUAUCUAUCUAUCUAUCUUUUAUCUAUCUAUCCUUUAUCUAUCUAUCUAUCUUUUAUCUAUAUAUCUAUCUCUCUAUCUAUCCUUUAUCUAUCUAUCUAUCUUUUAUCUAUCUAUCCUUUAUCUAUCUAUCUAUCUAUCUUUUAUCUAUCUAUCUAUCUAUUUAUCUUUUAUCUAUCUAUCUAUCUAUCUCUCUAUCCUUUAUCUAUCUAUCUAUUAUCUAUCUAUCUCUCUCUCUCUCUCCUUUAUCUAUCUAUCUAUCUCUCUAUCCUUUAUCUAUCUAUCUUUUAUCUAUCUAUCUCUCUCUCUCUCUCUAUCCUUUAUCUAUCUAUCUAUUAUCUAUCUCUCUAUCCUUUAUCUAUCUAUCUAUCCUUUAUCUAUCUAUCUAUCUCUCUAUCUUUUAUCUAUCUAUCUAUCUUUUAUCUAUCUAUCUAUCUAUCUUUUAUCUAUCUAUCUAUCUAUCUAUCUAUCGUACCUUUUAGUUAUGAAUGAAUGUACUGUUGUUAGUAUAGGACAAUUACGUUGCAUCAAUCUUCCAAUAAAUCAGCAUUCAAAAAUUCCUACAAGCGUCGGUGACAAAUUGGCAACAGUCACACUCACAUCGCUAGUCUGGCGCAAGGUACCAACACUGGGGCAUUAA